AUGUUGGAUACAACACGUAUUACUCAUUAUCUUCCUUCAUUUUCAUUUUCAUUUGAAUAUAAUAUUCGAUUUCAUCUUCAACGUCUUCAUCUUCGUGCAAAAUCAGCAUUUAUAUCACUUCAAGAUAUGCCGCAUUAUCCAUUACGAUUUAAUCAAGUUCCACCACUUUUUUGUGAACCUUUUAUUUUACGUGGCUUUCGUUCAAUUCAUCAACCAUGGUCUUAUUAUUUGAAAUCUUUAUUUCAUAAACAUAAUGAAACAAUUAAUGUUUGGAGUCAUUUAAUAGGAAUUUUAUAUAUGGGAUAUUUACUUUUUUUUUAUUAUAAUAAAAGAUUAAAUUUUUAUGAAAAUUCUCAUUCAUGGCCAUUUGCUGUCUCAUUAUGUACAGCAAUAAUAAUGUUUAUAUGUUCUGCAUUUGCUCAUUUAUUUCAUUCAAAAUCUGAAAAAGUUCAUAUGUCAUGUUUUUUAAUUGAUUUUAUUGGUGUUAGUUUCCAUGGUUUUGGUUCAGGUUUUCUACAGAUUUAUUAUUCUGCACCACAAUGGUUUUACGAAAAAAUUGAAUAUUAUUAUGUAUUUAUUCUUCUUAUACUUGGAAUUUUAGCUUGUUUUCUUAAUUGUUUUGCACAAUAUUAUUAUUGUCGACCAUAUCCACCUAUAAAACGUAUUUGUCAAUUUUUUCCAUGUGGACUUUUAUGGAUUUAUUCAAUUAUUCCAUUAUGUAUACGUUUAUAUUCAUCAAAUAUUUUAUCACAUCCAGCAUUAAUAUGUCAUUUAAUACAAAUUAUUUUAUUUCUUAUUGGUGCUACUCUUUUUGGUUUUGAUUUACCACAACGUUGUUGUCCUGGUGUAUUUGAUUUUAUUGGACAAGGUCAUCAUUUAUUUCAUUUAUGUAUUUAUUUCGUAACUGUUUGUCAAAUGCAUGGUGUCUAUUGGGAUUAUGAAGAAUUUCAAAAAAUAAUUGAUCAACGAAGUAAACCAGAAUUAAUAUUUUGUGCUGGUUCAAUGUUAUCUCUACUAGCAUGGGAUAUUAUUAUUGUUUGUUUUUUUCGACGAAAAAUUCAUAAAAAAUAUCAUAUGCAUUAA